GUGAGGUUUUGAUGACUAGUCAUGGUGGCCUCGUAGGACAUCUUUCAUGCACUCUUCAUUUGGGUUUGUCUCCCAAUUGCAUGCCCAAGAGCCAUAAAUGACUUCCUGCCCAAAUUCAGGACAUAACAAGACUUUCCUGUCAGCUUCUCCUUAAUUUUCCUGAUAAGGAAUUGCUAUACAGGGCCAUGUGAUCCUUGGGUUACCUAUGUCUCCUGCCAAAGUCCACCAAGAGGCCUCUUCAUCACUCAUAUAUACUUGUGUUAGAUUUUCUCACAUACCCCUGGCAUCUAUAUAUACACAUACAUCCACAUUCAAACCCACACCCAACUCAAGUCCUCAAGAAGUUAUCACAUCAUCUACUUGCAUACCAAACUUUACCUUCACCUUCUUUAUCAUUUCUGCUAUUUUCAGCUCCAAGAGAGUUAAACAAAUAGCAAUGGCUAUUCGCUUUCCUGCUAUUACACAUGCUAAGCAGCUUCUUCAUCGAUCAAACAUGCUUCAAAAUCAAUCUGCUUCUAAUUUUAAAGAUGUUCCAAAAGGUCACUUGGCAGUAUAUGUUGGAGAAGACCAAAAGAAGAGAUUCAUAGUUCCAGUAUCAUUAUUGAAUAAGCCUUCAUUUCAAGAAUUGCUAAGGAAGGCUGAAGAAGAAUUUGGGUUCAGUCAUUCAAUGGGCGCUAUCACAAUUCCCUGCAGAGAAGACAUCUUCAUUGAUCUUACUUCACGUUUGAACAGAUCAUGAUCUGAAAAUCAUCAAAACACAACUUUGUACAUUGUACAUGCGAUCUUUUUCUUUUCGUCAAUGAGAUAUAAAGAUUAUAGUUCUUUACUC